GGUCGUUUUAACCUCUCAGGUCUCCACAGAGUCACAGGCUUCAGGGCGCUGGUCCUGAGGAGGAGGAGUCCUGGGAGGCAGCGCGCCUGCCGUGCGGGGUGUGUCUGAGGCUCUUUGAGCCCCAACAGCCCGAGAUUGGGGUCCCCGUGCCUCCCGGACUCCUCUCUGCUCACAGCGUCCCCGCAGCCUGACCCCAUUUCACCCUCCAGCCUUGGGGACCGGCCUCUCAGGUCCCGCCGCCCAGGUCCCAGCGCUCAGAAUGCAUCUCUUCCUACUCUAUGUUCCUGACACCCACUGCUAUUGAAAAGGAGCAGUGUGACUCACAUUUGAGGAUCAGAGCACAGGAUAUGAACUUUGAAGACAUGGCCAUUGCCUUCUCUCAGGAGGAAUGGGAGAUCCUUGAUGAGUCUCAGAGACGUCUGUACUGCAAUGUGAUGCUGGAAGUGUUUGCAUUUGUAUCAUUCGUAGGUCCUUGGCAUAAAAUGAAAGAUGUUGAGGCCUAUUCUGAGCACAGUGUAUCUGUAGGAGAGUCUCAUGUCAGGGCUUCCAAGACAGCUGCAGCCACCCAGAGGACCCAUCUGUGUAAGCCGUGCUUCUCAGUGUUAAAAGAUAUUUUGCACCUGACUGAGUUACAAGUGGUUUACUUUGAGAAGAAUGUGUUCUUAAGUGAUGCAUGUGUGAGAGACUUGUGUUUCAGUGCAAACCCUCACCAGCAACAGCAGAAUGCCAGUGGAGAGAAGCCCUGUAAAGAAGAUAUGGAGAGGUCCUCGCUUGGUACCAGUUGCUGCUUCUACUUAUCCGGGGUGCCUGCAGCUAGGACGGAGGUUGGGGAAGACUCCCCAGCCAUCUCAGGGCUUCUCCAGCAUCAGGCCACUCUUAAUACCAAGGAGCCACACAGUAACAAUGAGAUUUCACAGGAAUGUCUCAGUGGAAAAAGACAUCACCAGUGGGUUGAAUGUGAAACAUCUGCAAGCCAGAAACAGAAAGGUGCUUUUCAGAAAGGUCUCUGCUCUGGAGAUAUGAUUUAUGAAUCUAAUACAUGUGGGAAAGUGUUUAGACCAAUCUUUAACCACCCUCAACAUGGGAGAGUUCACACUGGAGAAAAGCCGUUUGAGUGUACUGAUUGUGGAAAGGUCUUCAGUGAAAGCACUGCUCUAAUUAAACACAACAGAGUUCACAUUAGAGAAAAGCGGUAUAAGUGUAGUGAUUGUGGGAAGUUCUUCAGUUACAUGUCCAACUUCGCCAGGCACUGCAGAGUUCACACUGGAGAAAAGCCAUUUGGGUGUAGCGAAUGUGGUAAGCAUUUCAGACAAAGGACUGACCUUAUUAUACACCACAGAGUUCACUCUGGAGAAAAGCCAUAUGAAUGUAGUGAUUGUGGGAAGUCCUUUCGUCAAAGGCCUCACCUCGCUAAACACCACAGAGUUCACACUAGAGAAAAGAUUAUGAGUGUAGUGAAUGUGAAAAGUCCUUCAGUCAAAGAACUGACCUCACCACACACUACAGAGUUCACACUGGAGAACAACCAUAUUAAUGUAGUGAUUGUGGGAAAUCCUUUAGUAAAAGUGAUAGCCUCAGGAAACACAAGGGAGUUCACACUGGUGAAUGUAGUUAGUGUAGUGAAUGUGGGAAAUGUUUAGCUACAAACCUAACCUGGUUAGACACCUGAGAGUUCACACUGGAGAAAAGCCGUAAACGUGCAGGGAAUGUUUCCUUUUUCUCACUUAGACUAAGAACACUUAAGGAGACUCCAUGGGAUCCAUUUAAAUUAAUGUAAACCCCAUUUAUUAAUGUAAACCCCUUCGGGUCCCCUCUCAGGUUCAUGGAUGGAUGAAGUGAAGGGCCAUAGAACUGCAGGCUGAGUGAUGUUGGAGAAUUGGGGAAGACUCUGAUGGCAGAAAGGAGGAAUAGAGUGUGGAGGCACCAUUUCGGGAAGACUCUAAGCCUUUGAGGAAUAGCUGGAAGAUCUGGCAUCCCUGGAAAAGAAUACGUGGAUGGAUACAAAUGGGGGAAAGCUGAGGGUGAAGAAUACUAGGACCCUAAUCCACCCCCAUGAAUGAGGAGCUGGAUACCCCUGGAGAGGGCUGGGAUAGUCAGGUGGUCCUCCUGGUCUCUGAAGAGAAGGUCAAUCCCUUGCCCAUGUGUAAGCUGGGCUGACACCUAAUAGGGAAGGUGCCUGGGGUUGCUCCGAGCAUCACUUUCUGUCCUCUAGGCUCUCAUUAUUUACUGGGUGUGCUUGGACACCCAGGAACAUUGGGACAAGGGGGGAAAAUUAGGUCCAGUGUGCUCUCCAUUGGGGAUGGAGAGAACUAUGGAGGGACCACAUUUAGCACAGGUUCAGGCACAAAUAAAUAGAAACCCAGGAUCAACAUUGAUGUUAAUGUCAGCAUUUUUACAAUCAGCCCCACCUGGUUGAGCGCUCACUCACCUGGGCAAUGCAAAAGAUAGAGAAACCCGGAGGAAGCAUAGAAACUGAUGUUAAUGUCAAAGAACAUGGAUGCUGGAAUGCUUGCAGUCCUGUACCUUUCCUAAUCAGCAUUCUCAACAUGUGGGUCUUCUCCUCGACCAUAGUGGGGGAACCGAGGCAGCCAGGGAUUUAUCAAAGGUCACACUCAGAAGUGGGCUGUGAGUUCAUGACCAAAUUCCUUUUACUGAAACAGUGAUGAACCAGCAGCCAAGGUUCUAAUGACUCUAGAGCAUGCAAUGGCAGAGAGAACAGGAGGGAAGGUGCUUGAUGUCAGUGUGGAGGAUAGGGAACUGGGUCUUUGCUGUACAGUCACCCAUAGGAGAUGAUGACAUAUGUGCUCCCUGAGACUAAGACUUAAGGGGUCAGGAAAAUCUCUGGGUCUGGACAUACCCUUUGUGGUCUCUGUAACUUCCAUUGAGAUGUUAAGACUUCCAUAUAUUAGAUUCUAUUCCUUGAGGAGCCCAUAUUCCUCUCGGGUAUUAAGGCUCAUCAGAGCAGAAUGAUGCUCAAGAUUUUAAAGAUCUGAAAAAAGGUGAUAUUUUACAUCAGCUCUAGUUGUCAAAACGUCUUAUUUUGUAUUUCUGCUACCUUAAAUUGAAAUAAAAUGUUAGUACUUACCAGAAAAAAAAGUGACAAUGAUGAGAAUAUUUACACCAGGAAAAUUGCCAAAUACUACAAACCUUG